UAAAUGCCGCCCAUUUUCUGAAAAUAUAUGUUUAUGAAAUGUAUUUGGGUGAUAUUCAUUAACGUGAUAGAAUGUAUUUCUUAAAAGAUCAUCACAAAGUCUGAAUUUAUAGUUUAAAUUAUGGAUAUAUUGAAUUAUAUAAGAAAUUUAUUUAGCUGGGCUGGUGUAGACGAACAACCACGAAAACGCAGAGCUGAUUUCGAAUAUGAUUCAACUUAUUUGCAUAAAUUUCGAAGAACUGAAGAAUUGAGAAGUCCAAGUCAAUUUCAUGAACGCAUUAUUCCUAUACAAAUGUCUGCUUCUCGUGAUAAAACGCGGUUUAGGCGAACCGAGAAACCUCGCCCACCAGCUCGUUGGGAUACAAAAGAAAAUUGUAUUGAAAUUUCUGACGAUGAAGAAGAUGUUAUUCGAAUUGACGAUGAUCAUAUAUCACCACAGUCCUUUUAUAAUAAGUCACGGAAUGAAAACCGUUUUCUUGAUCACGAUAGAAAUCAAAAAGAUGCGGCAUCCAUUGAAGAUGAUGAUGAUGAUGUCUUAUACGUAACCUGUAUAGAAUCAAAUGAAGCCAAAGCUAAAAGACUUGGAUUCAAAUUCUUUAAAUCGAAGGAUUGUAAUAAAAGUCCUAUAGUUAUAAAAUCAGAUUCCUUAUUACGACCUAAUUUUAAUAGAUAUAAAAUAGCUAAAAACACUUUACGAUCUAGAAAUGAAUCGUAUCGUUUAGAUGACAAACUGAAGUAUCAAGAAUUAUUGCGAAAAAUGUCAUCAUCAUGUUUUGGUAAUAUUACUAAAACUUCUUCCACACGUAAUUCUACCUUGUGGGAUAUACCGUUAUCGAAUAUUGACAGUCGUAAUCGAUCUAGAAAAUUAGUCGAUUCAGUGCUUACCAAAAGGGACACGCCAUUAAUCGAUUUAACCACUGGUAAUUUGGAAUCAAAACGAUUCGAUUCAACGGAAAACGAUUUAGAAUCAAGACGAUUAAGUACAUCUUUUAGCAAAUUCAAGGCAGAUAUAUCACAUAAUUCGUCAUUAUUUUCAAAACCCACAAUUGAAACAAAUAAUUUUGAGGUGUCUAAAAGCAUAAAGAAUAAUGGAGAUGCCCAAACAUCAUUAGAAAGUACGCCAAAGGAAUCAUCUCCGUUAACUGUUAAAGAUUCGUCUGAUUCAGAAAUUGAAUGUGUCGCAGCAGAACCUGCAUCCCCUUCUUCAAAUUAUUCAUUUUCCAAAUCUAACUCAUUGAAAUCUGCAGUAGAAACUUCACCGUUUUGUACCGAGAAAUGGAUAAGAGAGUUGAAAGAAAAACAUAAUUUAGCUAUAAAAGAGAAACAAAGUAGGAUAGAACAACAAAAACGUUUAAAAGAUAUUACUUCGGAACAUAACAAGAAGAUUUUUGGUGCAAAUUUAGAAGAGCGUAUUCGUCGUAGUUUGAUUAUAAGUGAUCCAAUCGAAAUUAUAGAAGAUACUUCUGAAGUGUCUUUCCCCGUAUUAACCUCUGAACAAGAAGAGCAAAUAAAUCGCGCCUUAGGUCCAGGGCCUGGCUCUCAAGUACUAGCUCAAAAAUUCAAUAUGAAUAUUACUCGUCGUGAUCUUCAAUCUUUAUCCGGAUUAAAUUGGCUUAAUGAUGAAGUUAUUAACUUCUACAUGAACUUGAUUAUGGAAAGAGGAAAGCAAGAAGGCAAAUUAAAAGUAUACGCUACAAACACAUUCUUUUACCCAAAAUUAAUGCAAGGAGGUCAUCAAUCUUUAAGAAGAUGGACCAAAAAAGUCGAUGUAUUCGCCCACGAUAUUAUGUUAAUUCCUGUGCAUUUAGAUGUUCAUUGGUGUAUGACCAUAAUAGAUUUUCGUGAUAAAACAAUUAGAUACCUAGAUUCAAUGGGUGGACAUAAUCAUCGAGCAGUUGAGGCGUUCUUAACUUAUUUAGUAGAGGAACGCUGGGACAAAAAAAAGGAAAAAUUUGAUACGACUGGGUGGAAAAUGCCAGAAGCUAAAAACAACAUACCACAGCAAAUGAAUGGAAGCGAUUGUGGAAUGUUUUCCUGUACUUUCGCUGAAUUUUAUGCAAGAGAUGCUAAGUUUAAUUUUUCCCAAGAAAAUAUGCCAUAUUUACGACGAAAAAUGGUUUAUGAAAUUAUUUCUGGAAAAUUAUUAAUGAAUUAGUCUCAUUAUGGAUUGAAUUGUGGUGACGACUAUUGUUUCUUUUCGAAAAGAAAAACAAAACUGUUAUUUUGUGUACUAGUGUCGGAAAUUAUUUCACAGCUAUAAAAUAAGUGAUUUUAAAAGUCAGUUUUCUACCUUCAAUGGAUUUAUUUUUAUAAUAUUGAUUUUCGCAAAAUGUGUACAUACAUAUACAGAGUGUAAUUGAAGUUAGGAAAGAUAUUUUACUACAUGGAAAAUGACACUGUCCAAACAGGAAAAUAAAGUGUGAGUGAUUUUAGUUGUAUUGGACAGAGUAUAUUUUAAAAUAAAUUGAUUCAUUGCUUUCAACGGUAAUAAGCUUUGCCAAACCUGACAGUCAGAGGUGUCAAGUGUACUACCAUUAUAAUUUAUAAAUAUAAUUAUUUAAAUUA